AUGAGCCCGGGCCGCAGGGGGGAGAGGCGAGGCCCCGGCCAACCGAAUGCAUCUUUCCUGAUGGCUGGGGCCGCGCACCGACGCCUCCUUACCUGGCCGAACGCCCCCUACGCCCAAGCCUGUUUCAGACGACUUGUCUAUAUGGGCACGAGCAAGAGACGGCGAGCAGCCGAAGGGCCGGGCCUCGGCUCUUCCCAGGGCGCGCGCGCUCCCUGGCGGCCGGAGCGGGGACAGAGCGCCGCGGGGCCCCAGGGGCUCGCGCCCUGCGAUCCUCGGCACAGCGCCCGCGGCGCUCGGACCCGCGCUGCCCUCUGCUCACAAAUGAACCCUGACGUCCGGACGCAGGCUUCCCCAGGCCUCUCCAGGCCGCGCUGCCCGCUCGCGCCGCAUCCGCGCGUGGGUUCCCUGGGGGCUGGCUCUCGGGUCGGUGCCUCGGCGUAG